AUGAGCCCCAGCUCUCACAAUGUUCGUCACAUGACAAACGAAGGCUCAGCCCAUCUUAGCCCGAAACUUUGGAGGAUGUCUCGUGGAAUUCGUCAACCUGAACGUGAUAGUAAUGACAAGCGGCUGCAGUAUAACGCGAAUCAGCCGGCGUCUUCUGAUAUUCUUGCAGGAAUUGAAAUCCUGAUUCUAAUCGCUAGGUCAGAUUUAACCCUGCCAGUGUCUGCAGGAGUAUCUCGGAGCAGUCAAGAAGAAAUCCUGCAUUAUUUGCCCGGAAGGGAAGGUCGCAGUUGUGCUUUGAUACAUAGUGCCGUUAGUUCUGCAAUCCGCCAAGCUUUGACUCUUGAGCAAUCCACGCAGGCUGCCUUCAUCGCCUAUCACGUUCGAUUGCCCCAUCUUGGUUGUUUGACCAUUCAGAAGCGCAUUCAGCAACGCCAUAUUGAAAGGGUCCGCCUCGGGUGGGACAUCCAACUUCCUGGAGUGCCGAGCUCUCAUUUUCUUAAGAAUAUCCGAAGUCGACUAAUUCCCUUAGACUUUGAUAAUGAGGAUUGA